AUGUUCAAAGGGCCAGUGGAGAGCAAAAACGAAGCAGCCAUGUCUGAGCUGGUCCCAGAGCCGCGACAAAAACCAGUUGUACCAAUGAAACCCAUGGGCAUUAAUGCCAACUUGCUGGGCUACAUCGGUAUUGACACCAUCAUUGAGCAGAUGCGCAAGAAAACCAUGAAGACAGGUUUCGACUUCAACAUCAUGGUUGUAGGUCAGAGUGGACUGGGAAAGUCGACGUUGGUGAACACCCUCUUCAAAUCCCAGGUGAGCCGCAAAUCUUCGAGCUGGAACCGGGAGGAGAAGAUCCCCAAGACAGUGGAGAUCAAAGCCAUCGGGCAUGUCAUUGAAGAAGGUGGUGUCAAAAUGAAGCUGACAGUGAUUGACACCCCAGGAUUCGGGGAUCAGAUCAACAACGAGAACUGCUGGGAGCCUAUUGAGAAAUACAUCAAUGAGCAAUACGAAAAAUUUUUGAAAGAGGAGGUGAAUAUUGCAAGGAAGAAACGAAUUCCAGACACGCGAGUGCACUGCUGCCUCUACUUCAUCUCCCCGACGGGCCACUCCCUGCGGCCUUUGGACCUGGAGUUCAUGAAACAUCUCAGCAAGGUAGUGAACAUCAUCCCAGUUAUUGCCAAGGCUGACACCAUGACCUUGGAGGAGAAGACCGAAUUCAAACAAAGAGUGCGCAAAGAGCUAGAAGUAAAUGGGAUCGAGUUUUACCCCCAGAAAGAAUUCGAUGAGGACUUGGAGGAUAAAACAGAGAACGACAAAAUCAGGCAGGAAAGCAUGCCCUUCGCAGUAGUGGGCAGCGACAAGGAGUACCAAGUGAAUGGCAAAAGAGUCCUGGGCAGGAAAACACCUUGGGGAAUCAUUGAAGUGGAAAACCUCACUCACUGUGAAUUUGCCCUACUUCGAGAUUUUGUCAUCAGGACCCACCUUCAGGACCUAAAAGAAGUGACCCAUAACAUCCACUAUGAGACCUACAGGGCCAAGCGGCUGAAUGACAACGGAGGGCUGCCCCCCAUGGCUGUCGAGACAGAGGAAAACCAAGAAAGUAACCUGUGA